AACACAACGAAUGAGCUGCACACUCAGGACGCGCAUUAGGUGUCAUGUAGGAGCGCAGCACGUUCGAGAGAACAGCUUGUAAGAUGAGAGAAUAUGUCUAAUAGGGACCUAUGCAUGAGAAAAUGGAUAAACGAGCGCAUAUAUGCAGGCCACCGAGAUGACAAAGCCAUGAGCCAGAGAAGCAUACAGGCAAGCAUAUACAAACCUCACAUGAUUGGGUUGCUGUCUCGAGUUCUUGUGAGACCCGCGCUGAGGGCUGGGAGCCAACAUCAUGGCUACCAUAUACGCAGUCAGCUGGCCGUACUGUCAAUGAGAAUGCUGAAACAAAUGUGCAUGGCACAAAAGGAAGGAGAGACGCACCCUGAUUGGCCACAGGUUGUUGGUGAGCACAUACACCGAGGCCGUACAUAUGCAGGCACCCGCGAUCAGGUCCCAGAAUGGCAUUGAGCGGUUCAUGGGCACUGCGUGUGUAGUGUGGUGGUGGCAGUGGCAGUGGUGGCACAGAGGCAGGAAGGGGGAGGUGUCCGUUUAAUGAGACCUAUGGCAUGGUGGUGGGGAAGUAAGAGACACAGAGCGACAAGUGCCCUCUAUAUGGAUUAAUAUAUAAAAGGAG